UCAAUGCUACACUCAACGGCGGAUUUAGGGGGGAGAUAUUAUGAGGCUGGUGUCAUUAGGCGAUAGCCAUUGAAUCAUUCAAGCUUUUUUUUACUAGCCGUAUUUUUCGGUUUUUUCCCCUUUUUCUCGGUAAUUUUCUUUCUCUCUCAGGUCAUUUCCAUGGUUUUCAGAUCCCCUUUAGAGCUUUAUCCCUCCCAUUUCUUCCUGCCUAACUUCGCUGAUCGCCCACUGCUGCUGGCGAACAGCGCUCCUGCCGCCAGGUCUCCAGAAGACUUGUCCAUGUUUCAGCUACCGACCCUCAACUUCUCCCCGGAGCAGGUGGCAAGCGUCUGCGAGACGCUGGAGGAGACCGGGGACAUUGAGCGGCUGGGCCGCUUCCUCUGGUCCCUGCCGGUGGCUCCGGGAGCAUGCGAGGCGAUCAACAAGCACGAGUCCAUCCUGCGCGCCCGCGCCGUAGUGGCGUUCCACACGGGGAACUUCAGAGACCUCUACCAUAUUCUGGAGAACCACAAAUUCACCAAGGACUCACACGGCAAGCUGCAGGCCAUGUGGCUGGAGGCUCACUAUCAGGAGGCCGAGAAACUGCGCGGCCGUCCCCUCGGACCUGUCGACAAGUACCGGGUGCGGAAGAAGUUUCCGUUGCCUCGAACCAUCUGGGACGGGGAGCAGAAGACGCACUGUUUCAAGGAGCGGACGCGGAGCCUACUGCGGGAAUGGUACCUGCAGGACCCAUAUCCGAACCCGAGUAAGAAAAGGGAACUGGCUCAAGCCACUGGACUCACUCCUACACAGGUCGGGAACUGGUUUAAAAACCGGAGGCAAAGAGACAGAGCAGCGGCGGCCAAAAACAGGCUCCAGCACCAAGCAAUAGGACCGGCCGGCAUGAGGUCCCUCUCAGAGGCCGGACUAACCCCUCACAGCUCAGCCGAGUCGCCAUCGACCGCGGCCAGUCCCACCACCAGCGUUUCUAGUAUGACAGAGCGAGUCGACACCGGGACGUCCAUCCUGUCCGUCACAUCCAGCGACUCAGAGUGCGAUGUAUGAUACGGCGAGGAGGGGGGGAAAGAAACCAGAAAAAAGAGAAAUAUUUACAGGGAAAAUGGACCCAAGAAGACGAAAAAAUGACUUAUGAAAAAAGGACCGAUUGAUAUAAAUAUUAAGAUAAAAAGAGAUAAAAGCACGUCUUUUUUAUUAAAGCGCUUUCAAAGGACCCACGCCUACCCCUCCUCUUCAUUCCCCCUUCUCACCAACAACAACACUAGACUACUUGCAUGAUACUUCUUUUUUAUUUUUUUAUUUUGUAAUCAGGGAAAUCAACCUGAAUGCAAGAUUUUUUUCCCCAUCAGGAACCAGAGGGAUUAAAAACAGUUCGUCUUGUUUGUUUGUUUUGUUUAUUUGUUUUGUUCCUCUUCAUCCAAAUGAUGAAGACGGUGAGGAAGCCGUCGUGCAAACAAGAUGCAAUCCUGUUUUUUUUUUAUAGUUUUAUUUUAUUUUAUUUUUUACUUUUUGUUCAUCAGACAAUCAUUUUUGAGUCGCAAGCACCUUUUUUUCUUAACUACAUUUCUGUCACUGCCUGUGUGGGGUAUAAACCUGGUCGAAAACAAAAAGAAAGAAAGAAAAAAAAGAAUAAUCAUAAUAAUGUGUCGAACGGAUCCGUUUAUGACUGUAUCAGAUUUUUAUUUUUUAUUUUCAAAAAGUUUAUAUUGAAUUAUGUAUAUCUCAAAUAAUGCGAUCAUUCUCCCGCUCUGUAAUAUACGUGUAGAAAUAUGCUUGUACAUAAUUAUUGCUCUUCCCCUUUCCUCCUCCUCCCCUCCGAUUGUCAUCCUCUUUUCUAUCCCCCAUGCCUCACUUUUCUUGACUUGGUGUUCCUACAUAAAUAUUUGUCAAACUUACACCUUGAGUGCUGCAGGAGUUUUUGUUGC